AUGGCUCCGACCCUCCGCUCCUCCUCCUCCCGUCUUCACUCCCGACCUAACACACCACCUGAUGCGCCCAUGAUGGCAAGCACAACUAAUUCGGUCACCGAAGCCACGAGGCCCAUAAAGCAACGGCGCACGGGCAUAGAUUCGCGCGAGGCUACCGCUCCGCUACAGAACGCGACGGAGUCGCAGGACAAUGGAAGCAAAGACUGGGCCGAGCCUCCUGCAAGAGCGCCGGCCCCUAGCUAUGCGGAUAGCCCAUGGUCUAAUCACUGUGAUAGUCGGAACCCAGUUUUGAACACGAUGCGCCCUUUAGGAACUCGACCUUCUCCGGCGGACUUGCGGAAGGUCGGCUUGAUUCCCAAGACAAUUCCACCCAUAAUCCCUGCCAAAAGAAGGUCUGGAGUCGAGUCAAAUGAGCCAGCGCCACAGAAGGCCAACUCACUCUAUGACAUUUCCGCGUUUGCGGCGCUUCCCAUUCCCACCUCCGCGGACUGCAACGGGGAGAAAAUCAGAGUGGCCGUCAAUGAGGCUUUACGCAUGGCGACAGAGACCGACAACAUUCCGGUAAGCCGCGGGCUCCUCCGCCUGUGGGAAUCCUGUGCCAAUGAUCCCUUUUCAUUAUCUGUGUUGGAGGGUGUAUGCCAAGGAAAUCCUGGCUCGCGGGAGAAGUCAGCAUUUCAGAGCAUCAUGCGGGCCGCCUGGAACGAGGUAAAGGCAGAAGAAGCUCGCGCACAGGCAGACGAGGACAAAGAGGAAACAGAGGUUGACUCAAUGCCAACUGUGCCUCGCGCUCGAUCGGCUAGUAGCGUUUCGUCAUUGUCCUCAUUAAAUACAUUUGAGGACGUUGAUGCCGGGGAGGUCUCAGCACAACUCCCAGGGUCAGCCCCUGGAAUCAAGAUUCCCCGCGCAAAGGCCAAACACACCCGUUCCGCCGGACUCAACAAAGGUGCAGCAGACCUCACAGCUCGCCAUUCUAUGCCACCAACAAUGGUCAGCUUUCAACUGAAGCAUGCUUUAGAAGAGGACGAGACGCGGUUUGAAGAAUUAGACAGAAUAGACAGGGUGAAGCGAAUCAAGCUUCGGACACCACUGCCAACCAUCGUCCCUGCUGAGAGUCAAGUCCGACCCUUACACCCUACUGAUAUCCCAGCCCCAGUUCGCUCACCUACUCCACCUUUCGCCUAUCCCUCCGCACCAACGCAUCCUCCAGCUCAGCCAGUUGCGUCCGCCCCCUCAGCUGAAUUUGUACCAUCAGCCCCUCUCACAUCCUCCUCUGGAGAGACUACAGAAAACCUUCCCGACAGUCGAGCCAGCAGUGAAGCUGGUGACAAUCGUCGACUCACGCCUACCAUGGUUGAUGAUAGCGAUGCUGAAGACGAGAGACCGGACAACGACGAAAUCUGCCACGAAUGCAACAACAGCGGCAAUCUCCUAUGCUGCGAUGGCUGUACUAAUUCUUACCAUUUCUCGUGCUUGAAACCCCCACUAGACCCAAACAAUCCUCCGGAGGGAGACUGGUAUUGCCCCAAGUGUGCCAUGCGACGGGCCUUCCGUUCUUUGACUAGCAAGUUUGAUCAGCGCUUUGGCAAAAAGGAUGUCAAGGACUUUCAACUUCCAGCCCGUAUUCGGGAUCAUUUCGCCGGUGUUAGGGUGAACAAGAAAGACGGUCAAUCCUACGAGGCCAUAGUUCCAAUGCCGAAGCCCAAAGGUCGACGUGGUUACCGUAAUGGUACUUACGACGAUCCUCAUUUGCACAGGACAGUGGACGCUCUAGGUGCUCCCAUCUUCUGUUUCAAGUGCGCAGGAAGUGCCGCUAGCGGUCGGCCUAUCAUCCAGUGCGAUAUCUGUCCACUCUCCUGGCAUCUGGACUGUCUCGAUCCGCCUAUGGCCGCGCCCCCCGCCCAGGUCCCAGGAAGUGAUCUCGCGCACCACAACUGGAUUUGUCCUAAUCACGCCUGGCAUGAUUACGUUUACGCCUCCAAGGACGAAGAAGGAUACGAUGUCUACAAGCGUAUUCGCCGGCCAAAGCACCCUCGGAUGGUCGAUAUAGACGUUCUCCUCUCCGAUGACGAGAUCACCCAGAUGGAAGAUCAGGAAGAAGGCAGCGUCAGAUACCGCGUAUCAGAGCAUGGAAUCAAACACACCUUUAUUAGCCAGGUCAAAAGGCCAGUAGCCCCCCUGAAUUGUGAUUCGACUCCCAAUAUUAACUCUUCCGACAGAGAAAACGCGGAGUAUCAACUACUGAAAGCAAAUGCGAACAAGUUCCUUGAUCAUGCAACCGCCGAGUACGACAAGAUCAUCUCGCACGCCCGCGCUGCCUUGCCCCCACAGACACCCCUGAUGACCGAUGAGGAUGCAAGCACUACAAUCUCGAAUUCCCGCACCACUGCUGAGCGCCAAGCUGCAGCCAACCUCCUUGCAUUCGCUCAACGGGAGCACAUCACCCCUCCAGAUGCCAACGAUAGAAUGAGCUUGCUGAUUGACCAACUUCGUGCCAACGCACCAGAGAUCCGUCCCACAGCCGACACUGAGAUAGCUUCCCUACAAGCCUUGAAGGAUCUCAUCGACCGGCGCAUCCGGGAUUUGUCAACCCAACCACAAUAG